UGCUUUCUUGCAUUUGUGCUGGCGCCGGGCCUUGUCCACUUCGACGCCCUUGCUAUGUCCGACUGGAAUACGGGAACAUCCUGGUCUAAUGGCCAGUCACAUCUACCUUCACCGAGCCCCGAACCGCAAGAGGACACCUUCCCGGAUGACCUGGACAAUGAUCGGACAGAUCCUAUCUCUCUGCUCGUCAAGGCCUGGAUGACGGAACGAUGUUCGCCCGACGUCAUGUCGUUUGAGGGCGAACUCGUGGGAAAGAUUAUGGGGUAUAUGGAUGCACAGGCAAAGCUCAUUGGAGUAUUGAAGAUUGACGGUGCGAGUGAAGAGGAUCAUGAAAAGAUUGGAUUGGUGCAGAUGGAGCUAGAUCGCGUUGGGUGGCUGCUACGUUCAUACAUCGCUACGCGACAGGAGAAGAUUAUGCGAUACGCGUCCUACAUCAACAGCACCCCUGCAAUGCAGACGCGUCUCUCCGUUGCAGAACAAACCUUGAUCGAGUCCUAUCAGCAGAUAUUUGAGGAGUCGCUCAUCCGUGACGUGGUGGGAAACCUGCCCGCCGAGCUGCAAGCACUGGAUGAGAUCCUUCCGGAUGGACGUGGCAUGGUGUCAACGCCAGAUUUGGACAAGGCGGUGUUCAUACGCACCAAGCAGGACUGUGGACCUGUGCUGAUGCCCGACGGGACUCCCUUGGAGAUCAAGAAACGAGGAAUACACUUGAUCUCAUACCGCCUUGUGGAACAGCUCGUCCUGAGGGGGGAAGUUGAAUUGACAUGAAACGGACGCGUUAUGUACUUCUAGGAACCAUUCUCCUGUCCACACCAUGAACAAUAUGUAUAUUUCGACAUGAGUGAUACCUAUCAAACACAGCUGAACGAGAAGCAUGACGAUCGUGAGCCGAACAUGUCAAG